AGAGAGCGGGAGAGAGAAAGAGCCUCUUUCUCAUUAGCUGGGAUGAACCAAGCCUUCAACUCUUCAACAGCGGCACAUGAUAGCUGACGCAAACACACACACGCACACUCAUUCACACUCACACACACACACUCAUUGGCACUCACACACACUCAUUCACACUCACACACACACACUCAUUGGCACUCACACACUUUGACUUUGUGGAAUGUAUUUGCUGUCUGGGAUAGAGUGACGGGACCAGAGGCAGCCAGAGCUGCUUCAGCGCUGCUCAGUGUUAACACAACUCCGGACACUAGCUGGAAACAGACAGAGCUUCACUCGGCAGCAGCUUCAUACAGGGGCAGUGACAACUUACCACACACACGCACACACACACACACACACACACACACACUACACACAUCUACACACACUACUCAGGGCUUCCAAGUAUCCCUGAGAGGCAGAGGGCAGUGCUGGACGGAUGAGCGUGCUGUGAGACGGAUCCUUCCUCCCGUCCACUGGUGAUGAUGAUGAUGAGAGAAACACAGCCUGCGCGGCUCCACUUGGAUCACUGACACUUGGCGGCCAGACUGAGCGGGCGUCCCCCCCUGUCCACGGGGCUUCAGAGAGCGGGAGAGAGAGAGAGAGAGAGAGCCGAGGUGUGAGUGUUGUGUGUGUGUGUACUCACACGGGCACGUGUGUGUGUGUGUGUGUGUGUGAGUGUGUGUAUGUGAGAGCUCGGGCGUCGAAGUGAAGAUGCUGGCGAUCGUUUUUCUCCUGCUUGCCGCCUCAGGGUGGAACCUGAUCCAGGCGACAAAGAGUGUCCACCCACGGCUACGGCUCUCCUACAAAGAGCUAUGUGAGAUGAACAGAACAUGGGUGUUCCAGGCUCCAGAUGGAUGGUUGCAGAGGCCCACCAUGCUGCUGGACGAGUCCAGGGAGAGACUCUUUGUUGGGGGCAGAAACGUCCUUUUGUCCCUCAGCCUGGAGAGGGUCAGCACCAAUCACAGCGAGAUCCACUGGGCGGUGUCUGAGGACCAAGUGGAGGACUGCCUGAGGAAGGGACGAGAGAAGUCGGAGUGUGCCAACUACAUCAAGCUGGUGCAACAGCAUGACAGUGCCCACCUGCUGGCCUGUGGGACUGGCGCUUUUAACCCCGUGUGCACCCACAUCAAGAAAGGACACUGGCACGAGGAUGCGGAUGUGGAUGUGGAGAAGCAAGAGAGCGGGAGAGGGAGGAGCCCGUACGACCCCAACAGCCCCAUCACCGCCACCAGCGCCAGGGGGCAACUCUACGUGGGCCUGUACACGGAUUACUGGGAGAACGACGCAGCGCUCAGUCGCCUGGGCAACCACAGCUACACGAGGACAGAGAGUUACGACCGGCAACAACUGAAUGAACCAAAGUUUGUUGGCUCGGCCGUGAUUCCCGACAACGACGACCCGGCCGAUGAUAAGGUGUACUUCUUCUUCACGGAGCGCGUGUCGGACAUGGAGGGGGGGGGCAAGGCUGUGCACACGCGCGUGGCCCGUGUCUGUGCCAAUGAUGAGGGGGGUCAGAGGAUGCAGGUGAAGAGGUGGAGCUCCUUCCUGAAGACACGCCUCAUCUGUUCUGUCGCAGGACCCAACGGCAUCGACACUCACUUCGACGAGCUAGAGGAUGUGUUUGUUAUGAAGAAAAAGGACGACAAGAAUCCAGAGAUUUUCGGACUGUUCAGUACCACAAGUAAUGUGUUUAAGGGCUAUGCAGUGUGCGUGUACAGUAUGGAGGACAUCCGGGCAGCAUUCAACGGACCCUUUGCCCACCGGGAGCAGGCUGGACACCACUGGACCAUGUACGAGGGCAGGGUGCCUUUCCCCAGGCCCGGCUCGUGUGCCAGUAAAAUAAAUGGCGGGCAGUACUCCAGCUCUAAGGACUUCCCAGAUGAGGUCCUGCGCUUCGUGCGCACCCACCCGCUGAUGUUCAACGCCGUGCGUCCGCGCCAGGGCCGGCCCAUCCUGCUGGAGACCGGCGGGGGCAGCAACUUCACCCAGCUGGCCGUGGACCACGUGGAGGCCGAGGAUGGACACUACAACGUGCUCUACAUCGGCACUGAUCAAUCUGUCGUGCUGAAAUACAUCACCAUCUACAACAAAGAGUCGGACACUGUGGAGGAGGUGCUGCUGGAGGAGCUGCAAGUGUUUAAAGAACCAGUGCCGGUCACCGAGAUCUUGAUCUCCGCUAAAAGGCAACAGCUGUAUGUGGGGUCGGAGGUCGGAGUUGCCCAGACGCGUCUGCAUCAGUGUGACCUCUACGGCUCGGCGUGCGCCGACUGUUGCCUGGCGCGUGACCCCUACUGUGCCUGGGACGGCAUCACAUGCUCGCGAUACUACCCCGCUGGACACUACACCAAGAGCAGGCGAUUCAGGAGGCAAGACAUCCGACACGGAAAUGCCGUGCAGCAGUGCAAUGGGCUUCAGAUCAGUGAGGACCACCGAGGCAAAGCUAUGGAGAAGCUGGUGUAUGGGGUGGAGAAUAACAGCACUCUGCUUGAGUGCAGCCCCAGGUCCCUGCAGGCCAGACUCCUUUGGUUUCUGCUGAGAGGAACUGACAUGGAAGAGAUCCCGGGAGACGAGCGUGUGGUGCGGACGGGCCACGGGCUGCUGUUCCUACGCCUGCGCCGGGCUGACGCCGGCACCUACCUGUGCCAGUCGGUGGAGCACGGCUUCGUGCAGCCGCUGGCCCGCAUCACCCUGGAGGUGCUGGAGGAGGAGCGACUGGAAGGGCUGCUGCACCGCGGCGGAGGAGGAGGAGGAGGAGGAGGAGGAGCUGGGGGCGAGGGGAAGGAGGAGAGGGAUGACGGGGGCGAUGGGAGCCCCCUGCACCGGUCAUCAUCGGCGGCGCUGCCCUGCCCUUUCCCCAGCCUGCCCUCGGGGCCGGCCACCUCCAAGCUGUGGUACAAGGAGUUCCUGCAGCUCAUCGGCUACAGCAACUUCCAGCGUGUGGAGCAGUACUGCGAGCGCGUGUGGUGCGCCGCCUCCGACAAGAAGAAGAAGAAGAUGAAGGCGCUGGCCCCCAAGUGGAGGUUCCCCCAGGGCACCGAGCGGCGCCCCAAACAGCGCGCGCCGCGACACACGCCCGAUUAGGAUCAGAUAGGGGGGCGAAGGGAAGCAGCGGAGGAGGGAGGGAUGAGGGAGGAGGGAGUGAGAGAGAGACAGAGAGGAAUUGACAAAAAAAACAAAUGGAAUGGAGACAGAGACUGAUAGCAGAAGUAUGAACUUUUGCCUAGAGACAGAGUUGUGGACAGGACAGACAUUUUGAAACACAAUCAGCACCACAGCUGUUGAGAGCGCAUGCUGCAGCCAGGCUGCAGUGGUGAAGUGGAGAAUUAGUGCUGACAUUUCCACUCAAACUGUGCACAGUGGAUGAUAAUAGGAUGAUGGGAUAAUCGCGUGCAUUUCCCCUCGCUAAAGCUGGACUGAUUCUGGACUUUGGGGAAAUGAGGACAUUUGAAUGCCAUUACGGUUGCCAUGGUUAUGUCAGUGUAACACAAAUGCUCGGCAGGUUAACACUCCUGUACGUGACGGGCGGUGUGUGUGUGUGUGCGGCGUGUUGUUAGUGCGUAGCCCUCUUUGUGCGUCUUCUUCUGCAUGUUCCCCCCCUCUGCUUCUCCUGCUACAGCAGACCCUGACGAUAUUACUCCACUCGUAAGUAACGACGUGAGCUUUCAUUCAAAGACCACUGACAGAAGCUUGGUACACUGACAAACUUGAUUCAAAAGGCAUGCCACUGGUUGAUGGGCUCUUAAGUCUACAAGAUUUAAUGACGUGUGUUCAUUGCCAUAAGCUUUGGGUCGGAGAGAGAGCGAGCGAGAUAGAUGGGCUGAAUUAUAACGCACACCUCAUGCAGUAUGUACUCCUUCAGUCUGAGUCCUAGUACUUAAAUUAUUAUAAUGGGUGUAUUGUACGUCUUUGUUAGUGCUGUUAGUUUACCUUUACCAAGAAAAAACAAAACAAAACUGGAAAUGCCAUACUGUUGUGUAGUAGAAACUGUAUGAUAGUAGAACUGUUUUUAUUAUUAUUUUAUUAUUUACUACUACUUAUUUAGUAACAGGCAUGAUGAUUUCAAUAGAUAUCAGACUUGUUUUUAAUUCAGGUGACAAAAAAAAAAAAAAGAUUUUUCUUCAGGUGAUGAAAUAAGCUCUGUGUCGCAAAUCAACAUUAUCUCAGCUGAAGUGAGUCUAAUACUUGAACUCCUCCUCAACAGCAGUUGAUUAGUAGAAACCACUAUAAAUAAGGUCACUAUUGCUGUUUACCUGUGUGUGAAAUGUACAUGGCGUAUAGCAUCGUGUGUUGUGGAGGUCCGUGUCAUGCAGUGAGGGCACCUGUAAGAUGUCAAUAAAUAUUAUGACAAAUAGUCUGUGUGAGCCUUCAAAUAAACAGCAGGUAG